AUGAAUUAUCGCAGGAACUGCAUCACCUCGCACCAAGCUCUACUAAAGCCUCUCAUCGGCAAGAUUCACUUCCAACGAGAACAUGAUGCCGAAAAUACACUGAGAUGUCCUUUGUCCCUGCAAGGUCGCAAAAAUGAUAAGCCGCCACCAUGCAUGCAGUGUAAAGUUUUCAGAUGCAUCGUUGCUCACCGGUAUCUUCGGCGUUUCAUGUCUAACUUUGCCGAUAUGCCAGUCACAGUCGAAGCCGCCAGUCCCUAA